AUGAACAUUCUCGUUAAUAUAUUCGUUGCACUAUUGCUGGUCUCCGGAUUGUCAGGAGGCUUAGGAGGACUUACUGGAGGAGUCACUAGUGGUGGUGGUGGUGGAGGUGGCUUACUUUCUGGAGUUACUGGUGGAGGUGGUGGAGGUGGUGGAUUACUUUCUGGAUUACUUGGUGGUGGAGGUGGAGGUGGAAGUGGAGGAGAUGAUGGUGGUUCUGAUGGCGGCGCCGUCGGUAAUCUUCUUACAUCUCUUGUUGGUGGAGGUAGUGGAAGCGGUAUGUACACCUACAGUUACCCUUGUGGAAAAUUACUGACUGACUAG